AUGGAUGUUCAGCAGAGAUUUAGGGCUAAUUUCUGCCAGCAUAAUGCCGCGAACAGCAACAACAACCACAACCACAACAAUAACAACAGCAACGUCAACAACCACAACAACAACAGUAACGUCAACAACAACAACAGCAACGUCAACAACAACAUCAACAACGUCAACAACUACAGCAGCAGCAACAACAACCACAACAACCACAACAACAACCACAACAUCCCCAGCAGCAAAAACAUUAACAUAGUGAUAGUAAUAAUACUAAACAUUGAGACAGCUUUUCAAAAACCUUUUCUAGAUCAAAACGCCAUCAACUUCUUCGAUGGGCAGUCGAGAGUAUAA